GAGAGAGAGAGAGAGAGAGAGAGUCUACCUCCAUCCUCUCGGUUUGGAUCGUUCAGUCUCCUUCGGUCUUUCUCUCCUCUCCAGUUCAGAUUGGAGCUGACAGGUGAUCGGGCUUCCGCAGCGGAUGUUCUUGUGCUUGGCUUCUUCCCCACCGCGGUGAGGCUGGACGGAUAAACUCACCAUGGCGCAGGAACCGGAGGGGAACAACCGGCUCCUGCAAGACGUGCUGGCGAGACCGGGCAACGAAACGUGCGCUGACUGCGGCAAUCCAGAGCCGGACUGGGCAUCGCUGACUUUGGGCGUGUUUGUUUGCCAGGCCUGCUCGCUCCUACACCGGAGCAUCCCCCACAUCAGCCGGGUCAAGUCGGUCCAGGACACGUGGGAUGCCAGUGAAGUGGAGUUGAUGGCUGCUAUGGGAAACAAUGCUGCCAAGGCCAAAUAUGAACAGAAGGUUCCUGCUUUCUACUACAGACCAACACACACUGACUGCAAGCUGCUGAGAGAGCAGUGGAUCAGAGCCAAGUACGAGAGGAAUGAAUUUGAAUUUAUAGAGAAACAGGAACCUUACUCUGCAGGAUACCGAGAGGGGUUUCUAUGGAAACGAGGAAGAGACAACGGUCAGUUUCUCAGCCGAAAGUUCAUUCUGUCGGAGAGAGAGGGAGCCCUCAAGUACUUCAACAAGCAGGAUGCAAGGGAUCCCAAGGCUGUGAUGAAAAUUGAAACCCUCAAUGCCACCUUCCAACCGGCUAAGAUCGGCAACCCCUGCGGCCUGCAGAUCACCUACCUGAAAGACAACAGCACAAGAAACAUCUUUGUCUACCACAGUGAUGCUAAGGAGAUGGUCGACUGGUUCAAUGCUAUUAGAGCGGCCAGGUUCCACUACCUACAGGUGGCUUUCCCUGGAGCAAGUGAUGAGGAGCUGGUGCCCAAACUGACCCGAAACUUCAUGAAGGAAGGCUUUAUGGAGAAAACGGGUCCAAAGCACACAGAGGGCUUUAAGAAGAGAUGGUUCACCAUGGAUGACAGGAGACUCAUGUAUUUCAAAGACCCAUUGGAUGCCUACGCUCGGGGUGAGGUGUUCAUCGGCAGUAAGGAGAACAGCUACACUGUUCUGUCCGGCUUGCCUCCGUCCACUCAGGGCUACCACUGGAACCACGGCAUCACCAUUGUCACGCCGGACAGGAAGUUCCUGUUUGCUUGCGAGACGGAGGCCGAGCAACGAGAUUGGAUAGCGGCCUUCCAGAGGGUCAUCAAUCGACCAAUGAGGCCACAGGAAUAUGCAGUGGAGGCCCAUUUUAAACACAAGCCUUGAAGCUGGCAUGAAGCCACAACCCAGCUGGACUGGCCCGGUCUCAUUCAGAUCAGAGACAACCCCAAUGUGUGACCACAGACCACGGCGGGAGGCAAUGGGGUGGGGGUUGAGGGGCAGGAGUGGGUUUUGGGGUGGAUGAGAAUGAGAUGAGAGAAGAUGAUGAAGAAAAAGAAGAAACAGAGGGACUCCAGUCUAUGUAUUGUGCAGAAAACAAACUCUAAUGGGGCUCAAGGCCCCUCCUGGGGUGAAAUGUUGGAGAUCCGAGGCCAAAGGGUAGAUGAUGUCAUCACUAUUGCGCCUACCAACUUUGUGCUAUACAUUAUCAUGCCAACCGCCCUCCCUCUCCUCAGCCAUGUGGACCCUUCCCCUGCAACAACCUCUCCCUUCUCCCUGGAAUUUUGUCUUGUGAAUGGUUCAUUCUACCUGUAAUCUAAUGUAAUUAUGUAAUCUAGAGUCAUUUCACUGGUUGCUUAACAAAGACAAUGCAUUGUUAAUUUAUUGAAUGUACAGUUUUGAUGACAGUGGCUUACCUUGUGAGUGUGUGUGGAAUUGUGAAGUUUUCGUUGAGGACGCGCUGUGAGGUUGAACUUCUGGCAUUGAAACCCUGUUAAACCUGAAUCUACAAAGUGCUGUUAACAACAAAUAUGCAUAAACACACACACAAACUCUCAGUGAUCACCGUCGCUGUUAACGUAGCCAGAGGUGGCUGAUUUGUAUCCAGAUAGGGUUCUUUUCAAACCUCAAUCCGACAGCUGUUCUCUUAUUUAUUUGUACUGUUGAACAUACUGAGUCAUCGUAGACAGUUAUUGCUGCUUUAAAGGAUUGUAAUGUGACAGGAUUGUAAUUUAUAUAACACUUCUACAAUAGUUUUAUUUAAUUUUUUGCAUCUUGUGUUCAAGACACAUGGUUGUGUUGAUCCUUAAAUCACAGUGAUAGUUUGUUUCAUUAUGAAAAUCUUAACAUCAAUACAGAUGAAGCUGAAAUCAA